ACCUAGAGGAUGUCAUGCAAAGGAAGUCAACUCUUUUCCGGCUGGAUCCACGGAGGGUGCAGAAGAGAAGAAGGUUCCUGCUGUGCCAGAAGUCCUUAAGAAAAAGCGAAGGAAUUUCGCAGAGUUGAAGAUCGUCUGAGAAAAACGUUUGCCCAAAAGAUGCUUCCAAAGGCAAGGAGGAAGCUUAUCUAUGAAAAAGCUAAGCAUUACCACAGGAAUACAGGCAGAUGUACAGAACAGAUUCAAAUGGCGAGGAUGGCAAGAAAAGCUGGCAACUUCUACGUGCCUGCAGAACCCAAGUUGGCAUUUGUCAUCAGGAUCAGAGGUAUCAAUGGUGUGAGCCCAAAGGUUCGAAAGGUGUUGCAGCUUCUUCGCCUUUGCCAGAUCUUCAAUGGCACCUUUGUUAAGCUCAACGAGGCUUCAGUUAACAUGCUAAGAAUUAUAGCAUAUAUAGCAUGGGGGUACCCAAACCUGAAGUCAGUGAAUGAAUUGAUCUACAAGCGUGGUUAUGGCAAGAUCAACAGGAAUCAACUUGCCCUGACAGAUAACACAUUGAUUGCCCAAUCUCUUGGUAAAUAUGGCAUCUGCAUGGAGGAUCUGAUUCAUGAGAUCUAUACCGUAGGAAAACGUUUCAAAGAAGCGAAAAACUUAUGGCCCUUCAAAUUAUCUUUUCCACGCGGUGGAAUGAAGAAAAAGACCACUCAUUUUGUAGAAAGUGGAGAUGCUCGCAACAGGGAAGACCAGAUCAAUAGGCUAUUAUUAGAAAGAUGAACUAAGGUAUCUGCCAUGAUUAUUUUUGUAAUCUGGUCAGUUAAUAAAUGACUACUUUCAAAUGGAAAAAAAUAGAGAAAGACAAAUACCAUAUGGUUUCCUCUAUAUGUGGAAUCUAAAAAACAAAACAGACUCAAAGAGAACUGGUGGUUGCCAAAGAGGAAGGGAGGGUAGAAUGUUGUAGUAACUUUGUAUGAUGACAGUACUACACUUAUCAUGUAGGCAUUUCCUAAGGUAUAUAAUCUCUAUGCGGUACUCUUGCAUGUUAACUAUAUUUCAAUUAAAACAAAAAACUAGGUACCUGUUAUUCCUAGUAUUCUAUUGAGAAGGAUCAAAGAUGUUUUCUAGAUUUGAGACAACAGAGCAUAGUGGUUAAGAGGACAGGCCCUGAGGAUAGACCUGGAAUCCAGUUUGGCUCUUCCAUGUUCUGUUACCUUGCACAGGGUACUUAACCCCUACAGCCUUCAGUAUCCCCACCAACAGCAAUUAAGUAAUAAUAGUUCCUGCUUCUCUGAGAUUAAAAUCAAAUAAUGUAUAUAAAAUAAAACAGCUGCCCUCUGGUAACCAUACCCAAAUCUCAGUCAUCAGUUUUACCAGCUAAAGCUCACCAGACAAUGGCAGAGCACAAUAGAUUUCCCAAUUUUCUUCUCAAUUCAGUGCUUACCUUCUCAUUCCCUGAAGAAACACAAGAUACAGAGAAGACUUAAACACACUAUUUCUUCCCUUGGUUUAUUGUAAGAUACCACUGUUUAUCCUUUCUCUAGCUUAAAUUCUCAAUUUUACAGUUUCUCUAAACACAACUAUUGAUUUAGCUAUAAAUAAAGCUACCUUAUCAGUGACCUUGCAAAAAUUGCUUAUAUCUUGGAAAUAUUUUGUUAAAAUAAGUAUACCUUCAAAACGGUAAAAUAAUUAUACCUUCAGCAUUUCCUUACCAUCAAGCCGUUUGCUAAUCUGCUCCUUUGCAAGUCUAGCUGGCCAGCACUUCCUCACCGGGUCAGCAACUGAAGUUCUUUCAUUUUUCUCCCCAGUAUUACAGCCAACAUUCUUCAAAUCCGGACUUUCCAGAUGUUCAGUGACACUUUCAAUGUUCCUAAUAGAAUUCUGUCCUUCCUGUGAUUUUUCUUCCAUACAAUCUCUUGAUUCGGACACACCGGGAUCAUCAACAUUACUCUUAGUUGCUUCGUCUAAAAGCGUAACAAUCACUGAAGAAUCUGGUGGUGAAGUUCUUUCCGGUGAACUGGAGUCUUCUGAAAUAUUAAGAGGUGUGGGUGGCAACUCUGACAAAUGAGCCAACUCUUUUUGUGUUCGUGGAGGCUUUUCAGUGAUUUCUGAAAGCUUUACAGGGUUGCAGCAAAGUUUGGCAUAUUCACCACCUAACCUAUGACAUAAUUCAUUUAUUAUGACAUCACAGUCUCCAAGAAGCUCUACAUCAAAAUGCAGAUGAGGCAAAGGUUCUCUAUUUAUUAAUAUCUGAGGCACUUCAUGGGGUAUGGAACCUAAAAGAAAGAUGAAAGAUACAUUAGAAAAAGGGAAGGAAGCUAACUUAAGAAAGCCACAACAGAUGUUUUACACAAGAAUCUAACAUGCUCCCUAUAAUGAAAAAAGAAAUGCACCACUACUACUCAACCAAGCAAUCACAUUUUAUCAAGAUAUCAAAUAAACAUUAGUUAAGCAUCUUCAUAAAAUUUCAGGUCCUGUUUCCCAUCACCUGAUUAUUUCUGAGCAAUCUUCUCAGACUCUUCUACCCUGUACCUCACUUUCCUUGUCUACAUAAUAGAGAUAACAGUACUUUUUCAAGGUUGUCAAGCGCAUAGAAAAGCUCUUGAAUUCAGAGGAAAAAAAAAAAAAAAGGAAAAAGAAAAGCUCUUGGCACAUAGUGAUAUUCUAUCAAAACAGCUCCUGAUCUAGCAUGUGGAAAUUCAUUUAAGUCUAUUUUCCACUAUUAUAUACCUGUAUCUUACAUCUUUAAAAAAUUACACCUUUGCCUAUUAGCAACACACUAUUAUACUGCCCCACAGAAAGCUUUUAAGAUUUUCGGGACGCCUAGGGGGCUCAGCGGUUUAGUGCCUGCCUGUGGACCAGGGUGUGAUCCUGGAGUCCCUGGAUUGAGUCCCACAUGGGGCUUCCUGCACAGAGCCAGCUUCUCCCUCUGCCUAUGUCUC